AUGAGACGAUGCGUUGGGUCUGAGGUUUCUACCUCUGUCCUCGUCAUGGAGAAAUGGGACAUGUCCAAGGUUGCCAAGUUGACCUUUUCAUCGAGAAAACUUUGUGGUGGUCGGCUGACACGUUGUAACGACGGCAAUUCGACGUAUAUAGAGCAGUUGGAGAAGGAGAUUACUCAGUUUCACGGCGCUGAGACGGCACACAUUGCCAACAGCGGCUGUGUAGGUAAUCUGGCAGCCUACUCCACGAUUCCUCUUGCAAGAGACGUUAUUGUCUACGAUGAGCUGAUCCAUGCAAGUAUCCACGAUGGUCUCAAAAACAGCGUCGCGCGGAGCCAACAUUCUUUUCGUCACAACGACGUGGACUCGUUCUCGGAGGUUUUACUUUUGGUACUCAAAUCCGAGCCGCAGAUCCUCAACGGCACGCGAUUGCUCAUUGCAUCAAUUGAGUCGGUCUAUAGCAUGGACGGCGACAUCUGUCCGCUACAAGAGCUCAUUGAUACGGCUAAGGAGAUUCUCCCUGCCCAAAACACCGUCUUCAUAAUCGACGAGGCGUAUGGUACGGGAAUUCUGGGCCCCAAAGGUUCUGGUCUUUUGUGUGAACUGGGGCUUGAAAAGGAGGUUGCGAUUCGUAUAUAUACCUUUCCCAAGGCCCUGGGCUCUGUCGGUGCGGCAAUUUUGGUAAACUAUACUGUAAAAAUGAUGCUCAUGAACAAUGCAAGAGCCCUCAUGUUUACAGGCGUGCCGUCUUUUCCUAUGCUUGCCUCCAUUCGGGCAGCUUACACACUAUUGAAAAGAGGCCAGACCAUUGAGGCAAGGGAUGAGGUCCCUGCCAUUGUUGCUCAAAUUGUGCCUGUCUGGACACACACUGGGCACAGUUUGUGCUUGACGUUUCAUGUCAAUCAAGCAGGCUUUUCUGGACACCCGGUUAUCUACCCGAUUGUACCCAAAGGCCAGGAGAGGGUUCGACUCAUCUUCCAACCGUCACGAACCGACGAGGAGGUGGAAAGUUUUGCAGACUGCAUAUGCGCCUGGGUUAAAAUGCUGGAGAUUGGUGAGGAAAAUGAUCGGGGUCGAUUACCUACUACCACGCAGCAGGCGUAUGCUCAGAUGAAGGCGGAGAAGAACGCUUCGCCGCAAUAG